CCGCUUCCUAGUGGUGCCUCGGUCUUUGUUCUGGCCUCGCGGUGUUUAUCCAUCCAGAACUAGCACCCAUCACUGGCGGUUGUUCGCGGGUUACUAACGCUGGCACCGCACCUUACGGACCUACUGUAGAUCGUCAUUUUAUUUGGCAGACGUAAUCCUAAAUUGACUUUUUUAUUCUACUAUCUUCCCUUGCCUAGCUAGUGUGUUCCUGUGGGCGUUAUACAUCUUAUGGGCAAAACUAGCACCAUCCGUCAACUUCCGUCAAACUCGCAACAUCUAUCUGUGAUCGCCACAACAAGCACGCCUGUCAAUUCUGCCACUCCUUGAUAGAUUUUAUUUCUCAACAACAAAUCUGACAGGGGCAUUGAAUUCGGGAAAGUCAUGAGUUUCUUCGUAGUUCCGCUGGUUCUGUAUCAAACCAAGAAGAAGCUUGACGAUGCAAAGAAGGAUAAGGACUCGCCACAACUGGAAAAUGCCUCGUUGAGAAAGAAGAAGCGGGUCAAGAAACACAGAGACAAGUACGGGGGCGACUUGGACUCACUAAACUCACAAGCCACUGAUGAAAUGAGCAUUAUUCUGAGAAAGAAACACUCACAGUCCUCACACUCACAAUCAACUUAUUCCCAUUCAUCGGGAAAUUCGAACCGUCGUCUUUCCACUCACAGUGAUUCCAACCCCACAACCCCCACUGCACCAGUUCCCCCCAAAUCCCUUACACACCCCAAACAUGAUGCCAUUAACAUUACCAAGUUGGAUGAUAGUUUGAAAGAGUUGAAAAAUUCUCAGAAUCAAGAUCCGGGGAAUCAGGAUAAUCGCCCCCGCCUGUCGACAGCGGGAAUGCAAAGCAUCUUAUCAAAUGAACAAAAUACAAGCAUUUCCCCGAUACUACCUCCAUCCAAGCCUCAGCUAAUGAGCUCCUUAACCACUUCAAAAUCGGAGAAUCCAACCCUCGAUAAGAACCGGAACAAUUCAGAACUAUCCACAACAUCUUCUUCUUCUUCAUUGAACCCUCAGGCUUCGAAAUUUAGACGUAACAGCUCAUUCUCAUCGAUGCAAUCAAGCACGGUUAAUCCCCUCAGCCAAGUCUCUUCUGCCCAUCACAAGGGAUCUACUUCCUCAAGGUUUUCAAGAAAACUUUCCAGUAUAUUAUUGGGGGGUAGUCCAAGUCCCAGCCCAACUAUUGAAAGUAAAAUCGUGGAAUCCAAAUACCCCCAUCCAUCGUCCCAAAAUGAAUCUAAAUCGAGCUCAAAACAAAGCUUGUUCAAAGCUUCAUACGACAACUCAAUUCCUCUGCAUUCAAGUGAAAUCGAUGUUACUCCGUCUCUAGAGAUAGAACCACAUCGUUCAAUUAACAGAAGGCCAUCAGAGCUAGGUAUUACAAGGUUUGUUCCACUCAUUAGUCUUGGCUACUUGAACAGCAUUCAAACCAUGAAAGAAGUUUUAUUCACACCAGGAUUCCAGAUCUUCAGAUACAACAAUUUUCUUUCCUUACUUUCUGAUCAUAAUCAUGGAGAUCCAAUCAAUUUUGCCAGUAUCAGACACCAUUCCAUUCAAAAAUUCAUUAACAAGUACCGCGUUAGCAAAGACUAUUCUAGUGAUUUUGAUAUUACAGUUGACCAUGAUUCCUCGUAUUUUGAGGGUUUAUUAGCUCAUAAAAGUCUAGAGGCCAGAAGAUUCUUACGUGGUUUGAUCAAAAAAGAGCUGGAGGCUUCACAUACCAAGAUUGGAAUAUCCAAUAAUGAGGAAUUGAUGCAAAUCAACUUUACCAACUAUGUACGAUAUGUGCUUGAUUUGCCUUCCAGUAUUGACUCAAAAUACUUGAACAAAACGGAACGUAAGCAUUAUGAGUACAAGACUUUAUUUUCCAAAAUUUCAACUGCGCUCUAUUUGAAGAAAAAGGAAGAAGUUGGAGGCGAAUCGCUUGGGACAACUGGCGAAACUGAAGCAAGUAUAAAAGCUGGCCUUUUAGUCCAGUUGAUAACAAAGGUUUCAUACGAAUACAUCUUAUUGGAGAAGUAUCACAUACAAAUCUUGUCCAACUUCAAUAACAACUCAAUCAUAGAUGGAAGGGUUUUAGCAGAGUUAUACAGCAAACAUCGUCAACGUAUUAAAGAGGGAAAUCCUGAGCAAUUAAAGGUUCUUUUUUACAAUGUCGCUUUCAGUGCACAAUACGCUUGGUACUUGUCUGUGACAAUUCCAUUUGUGAGAGUUUUUGAAUCAAACGUUUACGCAGAAAAUCACAAGCUUAUUAAGGACGGAAAACUAUAUGAUGAUCUCGAGAAGAAGACAGUAAAGAAUUCGUUUGAAAAAUCAGACAAGGAAUUAUUCGAUACAUUCACGAAGAAGCUUUACAUUAACGAUUUCAAGCAAUACAAAGUAACUACUCCUGACAAACUUGUUAAAUUGCAUAAACUGCUUGAUAACAAUUCUCCAAAAUAUGCACAUGUGAACCGGCGUCAGAUUCCAGAUCCAUCAGCAGUAUACGGUCACAAACCAAUGAACUUUGAGUAUUACGACGACUCACUCUCAACUUUGGCAGAUAAUACAUUUGAUUUUAUCCAGAGUAGGGACCUACCAUUCCAAAUCACAUUAGAUAAUUAUUUGACAACAUUCAGACAAUUGCAUAGAGUAUUAAAACCAGGUGGUACAAUAGAAGUACCGUUCAUCCAUAUUGGACAGGACUGCGUUAAGCAAUACAUCGAUGAGGCUAUAAAUGGAACUUCCAAGAAAGAGCCUCAAAUUCAAAGCUGGCUUUAUGAAAAAUUCGACUGUAUUCAUGACGUAACUAGGGUGAUUUUGCAAGGACUCCUUGAAGUAUUUGGAAAGUCACAAGUCAAAUACAGCAUUGUAUUGUUGAACAAUAAUAACGAAGUGAAUCACUUCCUCUAUAAACAUGUCAGCUUGAUUCUGCAUGAGAUGGUUGGUCACAUGAAAGAAUGCUGUAUGAAUUUCAAAGAUUCGGAUGAAAUUAGCACUGUUGAUGCUGAAGAUGUUCAUUACUUAAUUAAUAUUAAGGCCCAUAAAAAGCCUUCCGACUAAACUACAGUACUAGGAUCGAUUGCAAUAGCUAUAGAUUGCUAGAAAUCUAUGACCUAGUCACUCUCCACCCAUAAAGCAUGACAAUUCAUUUCUCUAUAACUAAUUAAUAGAUUUCGAU